AGGUGACGUCUCCAGUGUUCCUUCCUCCGUGAACUGCAGGCCGGGGACCGGUGGAGGUUCUUGGGACGGGGAGCAGUGACGAUUGCUAGGCGGAGACGGCUCGAUGAAGAAAGAUCUAAGAAAGGACCAGGACUGGCUGGAGAUAGAUAACUAAAAGGAACCUUACUGCAACCAAACCAGAUGCCUUCUUUCACUUCACCAGACCAAGGAGAUGACCUGGAGGCCUGUGUUUUAAGAUUUUCAGACCUAGAUUUAAAAGACACAAGGCUUAUCAAUCCCAGUAGCGGUCUCAAAGCAGAGUUAGAUGUCAGUACAAAGAAGAAAUACUCGUUUGCCAAGAAAAAGGCAUUUGCCCUUUUCGUCAAAACCAAAGAAGUUCCAGCACGUCCUUUUGAAUGUAAAGAAAAAUGGUGGAAAUGCUGUCAACAGCUCUUCAGAGACCGGAUCAGCAUCCACAGACAUGUGGCAACACAACAUGCUGAUGAGAUUUGCCACCAGACUGCUUCUCUGUUAAAGCAGCUGGCUGUGACACCGAACACCUCUAAGGGCCUUAAGUCUGAAGACAGCAGGAACCCUCUAAAAGAGUACUUUACCUGUAAUCGUGAAGUGUCUGCUUGGCUCCCUGAUAUAAGCUGCUUUAGCCCUGAUGAGCUGAUAAGCAGCCAGGGCAGUGAUGGAGGAGAGGUGCUACUUUAUUACUGCUACCGUGACCUGGAGGACCCCCACUGGGUGUGUGCCUGGCAGACAGCUCUGUGUCAACACCUGUCCCUCACGGGCAAGGUUCGAAUUGCUACAGAAGGAAUCAAUGGGACAGUUGGUGGAAGCAAACUGGCCACCAGACUCUAUGUGGAAGUCAUGCUUUCCUGCCCCUUGUUUAAGGAUUAUAUGUGUAAGGAUGAUUUUAAGACCAGCAAAGGAGGGGCUUGCUGUUUUCCAGAAUUGCGUGUUGGUGUAUUUGAAGAAAUUGUGCCCAUGGGGAUCAGUCCCAAUAAGAUCUCCUACAAGAAGCCUGGAAUCCAUUUAUCCCCAGGUGAAUUUCAUAAAGAAGUAGAAAAGUUUUUGUCUCAGGCAAAUGAAGAACAAAGUGAUACUAUCCUACUGGACUGCAGAAACUUCUAUGAAAGCAAAAUAGGACGAUUCCAGGGCUGCUUAGCCCCAAACAUCAGGAAAUUCAGUUACUUCCCUAGCUACAUCGACAAAAACUUAGAACUUUUCAGAGAGAAGAAGGUGCUGAUGUACUGCACUGGGGGCAUCCGCUGUGAGCGGGGUUCAGCCUACCUCAAAGCCAAGGGAGUGUGCAAGGAAGUGUUCCAGCUCAAGGGUGGCAUCCACAAGUACCUGGAGGAGUUUCCCGAUGGUUUCUACAAAGGGAAGUUGUUUGUUUUUGAUGAGCGUUAUGCCUUAUCCUACAACAGUGAUAUAGUCUCAGAAUGUUCAUACUGUGGAGCCCCAUGGGACCAGUACAAACUCUGCUCCACUCCCCAGUGCCGCCAGCUCAUCUUGGCCUGCCCUGCUUGCCAGCGACAAGGAUUCACAGCCUGUUGUGUCACAUGUCAAGACAAAGGGAGGAGGCUGGCUUUGAGUCGCACCCAGAGCCGCUUUAAAGAGGAAUGUGAGUGCACAGCCCGACGGGCACGCAUACCCAGCGAACUGCCACAGCAGCAAAACCCUUAUCACUGCAACUGCCAGACUUGUUCACUGUCUGAGCCAGAAGGCAUCUCGAGUCAUCCGGACCAACCUCUACCCGCUGCUCAAGCUCCUUCCGCUACUUCCUGCCAAGCUCGAACACCUCCAUCAGGUCUUUGGGAAGCAUUUUAAAUUCAUUUAUGUGUUCAUUUACUGAGUGCUAUUAUGUGCCAAGCACAAGGAUCAGAAAUAAAGAUCUAGCAUAACAGGGCACCAAGCUAUACCAGCAGUGAGUUUGAUAAAAUAUUAUAGGUACCCUGGUAGCUCUGGGAGUAGGAGGCAUAAUGAAUGCUGUGGUGAGAAGGACGGCAGGGAACGUGUGCCGCGAAUCCGGAGGGAUAAAGGGGCAGACUGAGAAGGGAAGGGGAGGGUUAGGAGUAGUGGCCCCCUACAGGGAUACUUUGGCAUUCAAGCUCCCCGGACCGGUUGGUGCUAAUACGGAAUAAGAAGAUGGCUUGUUCAGCAUGGCAUCACCCCGGGAGGGGAAGGGGGACACGGGGGGCACAGGCUCUGAGGUGAGACUGCAGCUCAAACCCCACUUCCACUCACUGACUACCGGUAACCUUACCUACUUCUCUGGACCUCCACGUCCUGUAGAGUGGGGGUAAUGAUAGGAUCUAACUCACCCGGUUGUUGGGAGCCUCACGUGAAUAAAUAAGACGGGAGGUGUUCACAGCCGCGCCUGACACCCAGGAAGCUUCAUGUACGCAUCGGCUUUGAUUACUGAGGGACGUGGAGCCAUGUUGAGGGCUCUCACCUGAGAGCAGUGCGAGCCCCGCAAGGGUACUAAGCAAAGUGACAGAACAAACUUUGGGAUGGGCAGUCUGAGAGAUGCUGGCCGGCCCACAGAAGUUGCAGGAUAGGAGGCGAACGUGCUGAGGGCUUGACAUGAGGCAGGACCACAGGGAUGGUCAGGAGGGGACUGAUGGCUGGGUUGGGGGCAGAUUUCAGGCUUGGAUGGCCAUGAGGAAAGUAAUACCCUUUCCUGACAUGGUUUUGGGGGACGAUGAGGGAAAUUGAUUUGGGGUGCACGGUGUCUGGGUGCUUGUUAGAAAAAUCUUCCUUGAGAAUACAGUAGAAGAGAGACUUUUCCAGGAAGGGGUGUUUUCGGCUUUGAAACAUGUCAGCCGCCCUCUUCCCCACCCCACCUCCACACCUACAACAAUCUUAACUUAGGAGUUGGUGAUUCAGAUUUCAUUAAGUGGAGAGAGCUUCAGGGGCAGAUUUACAGGACCUGAGAGCCAUGCUUAGCCUCUCAGCUAUAAAUAGUGUAGAGGUAGGAGUCAUCUGAGGUAUCGCUGGGAGAUAACACAGAUGGGGACCCAUGGCUCCUCCCCAACACCACGGUGCAGCUAGCUGCUCAGUGCACAGGAUGGGAAGGGCCGAAGACACGCCAGCCAGAGUGGGUCCUGGCAGGCUGCACAUCUGCAGAGGCACUAGCCGACCUCCGACCUUGGGGAUCGAACAUCCCCCAAGGAAGAGCCCACCCACCCUGCAGGCAGGCAAAACCCAGCCCCGAGGCUGGCUGCGUGCCAGGAGCCAGCCAGGCGCAGGCUGGAGUGAGUCCGCACGCUGGAGAGGCUGGACCCUGUCCGCUCUGUGCUCCCUGCCGCUGGGGAUGCAGCCGCGAACACUGCUAACCUACUAACCACCAACCACCACAGUGGCUAGGGACGGCCUGCGGGAGGCUCUCGGGAUAAAAAUAUUCAGCUGGAAAGCAUGGAAGCCUGUCUGCCUCAUCAGAGCCCUGAGAGCGGGAUGAAAAUACUGUGUUGGAAAGAAAGGACUUCUCUUUUGCAGGAGGAAGCUGGUGCACUAUCUGAAUCAGAAGGUUUUCUUUUACAAAAAUUAGCAGAUGGGCACAAAUUGGCCUUUAAAGCUAGAAAUUCUACUUCACCCACCAGCACUCAGUGUUGCAUGUAAUCACUUAAGCGAUUCUGCUCUAAUUCCUUUGGUGGGAGACCCCAAGGGAACAGUCCCCUGGGCUAACCCCAAGGCCCAUUUUGAUCACCUGGCAGUCCUGUCCAGGAAACUGCCAUCUUACCUCCUACCUGCUUUCAUCACCAAACUCCUGGUCCUGCCUUUGCCCAUGCUGUUCCUUCUGCUUGGAAUGCCCUUCCCUCCAUUCUCUGUGAGUUCCUAUUUUUCCUUCUAGGUCUAACUCCCUAUAAUAGUCCCCCCAGUCCUUUUGGAUCUUUCUGUCUCUCCUACCUGAAAUACUAGGUCCUCCCCACUUGCCUUUCCCUGUGUGCUAGUACCCCCACCAAGAACACCUCCUGACCUCCCCCACAAUCUCUGUCUUCCCUGCAAGGCUGGCUAAAGGCCCACCCCCAACAGGGAUGCUUUGCUUAACCAGCCUCUGUCCUCUCAAGUCAUUUCCUCACAUUGUUUGGGCACCCUUUGCAGGCAUUCUUGUUUUUAGGCACACCCUUGAGUCUUUUCUCUCCUAAAAGGUUGUAAUGGCUCUGGAGUCAAGGAACUAGCCUUUCUGCUGCCCUUUAUGUCCCCUGGCACAGUCCUGGGCACACCGAAGUUGCUCCCAAAAUGCUGUUGUAACUAACAGUGGGUGGGACUUGGCUGAGCCGCUCCCUAGAAGGGCGGUCCCCCCCAAGGCUUCAGUUUUCCCAAAAGGGAACUGGGGGGGGGGGUGAGUCUGAAGGCCCUUCUACUCUGGCACUCUAGGACCCGGCCGUCAUAACCUCAGAAGCUGCCGGGGUUAGCAGUCGAGCCUGGGUUUUGGAGUCACAGACUCUCAGGACUGGGAGAGUCCUCAAGGGCCAGGUUAUCCGGCCCACAGGUAAUUCUGGUGCCCCUCCACCACUGCAGCACCCCUGACCUCUGGUCAUCUGGAACCUCUGUCCCUAGAAAAGGCCUGCAGGCCAUUUUGCCACUGAAAGACAAAAGCUGGGUUAGCCCUGGGAUAGGCAGCCAGGGGCACAGUAGAAGCUCAACCUAAACUGGGAGGGGAAAAUGUGGCAUAUCAGAAUAGAACUCAGGGCUUUGGAGUGCUGGCUCUGAAGCCGGAUCCCAGCCAAGCCAAGAGCCUUCAGAUUGCUGGCCUUCCUCCACAGCUCGGUGUAGCCAUCACCUCUGUGAUACCAUGAUAGUGAUCUGUAAUUAUUUGUGUUUGUGCUUAUUUCAAAUAAGGGCACGUGAGAUAAACCAGGAUACUAGGUGCAUUUUUGUUUCUUUGUUUUAUGGAUUUUUCUAGACCUGCAGCUCUAGAAAAAGUGGCACCUAGAGUGAGCAAUGAAUGAAUAACUUCUGGACUGUGAUAUCCUCAAGAGCAGGAACCUGUAUCUUCAACACUCAAUGCCCUACAGGACUUGGACAAGUACUUGUUGAAUUGAGUAACUCAAUUUAAA